AUCAUCUCCUGUUGCUCCGAGGAGGCAGGCCGGUGAUUUUCCACUGCUGAUGCCUGUGUAGUCCCCACCAGACUCUCCCCCUCGCCUCUCUGGUGAAAGACAAAGGUCAGAAAGAAGCUUAUAAAUAGGCUAAAAUAUAGGCUACCGACGCGUCCAGCCCUCAGUCGCUCUCACGGACGCAGGAGGACACGGACAAGACGGAACGGACAAGGGACCGCGCUCAAAGGACAUUAAAAGGACACAAAACCAUCUACAAAAUUACACCAACAUAGCAGAAUGGCUCAAAAAGAGAAGCUCCAGUGUCUGAAGGACUUCCAUAAGGACACUCUGAAGCCAUCCCCCGGUAAGAGCCCUGGCACCCGACCUGAAGAUGAGGCGGAGGGCAAACACCCCCAGCGGGAGAAGUGGGCCAGCAAGCUGGACUUUGUUCUGUCUGUGGCUGGCGGCUUCGUUGGUUUAGGGAACGUGUGGCGCUUCCCGUACCUCUGCUAUAAGAAUGGUGGAGGUGCGUUUCUCAUCCCCUACUUCAUUUUCCUGUUUGGCGGAGGUCUGCCAGUCUUCUUCCUGGAGGUCGCCCUGGGUCAGUUCACCUCCGAGGGUGGCAUCACCUGCUGGGAGAAGCUCUGCCCCAUCUUUACUGGUAUUGGUUACGCCUCCAUUGUGAUCGUGUCCCUGCUGAAUAUCUACUACAUCGUCAUCCUGGCUUGGGGCCUCUACUAUCUGUUCCAGUGUUUUCAGCCAGAGCUGCCCUGGGCCAAGUGCAAGCAGCCCUGGAACACCGAUCGCUGCAUCGAGGACACCUACCGCAAGAACAAAACCCUUUGGGUGGCUGCCAACGCCUCCAACUUCACCUCCCCCGUCACAGAGUUCUGGGAACAUAAUGUGCUGGGUAUCACCAGCGGUAUAGAGGAUAUCGGUCCUGUUAAAUGGGACCUGGCCCUGUGUUUACUGCUCGUCUGGGUCAUCUGCUUCUUCUGCAUCUGGAAGGGGUCAAAUCCACUGGAAAGUAAUCCUGUGGUCUACAUCACAGCCACGUUCCCAUUCGUCAUGCUCAUCGUGCUGUUGAUUCGUGGCGUGACGCUGCCGGGUGCUUCUGAGGGCAUCAAGUUCUACCUGUAUCCUGACCUCGCUCGCCUGAAGGACCCAGAGGUGUGGAUCGACGCCGGCACGCAGAUCUUCUUCUCCUACGCCAUCUGCCUGGGCGCCAUGACGUCCUUGGGGAGCUACAACAAGUACAAAUACAACUGCUACAGGGACUGUUUGCUGCUGGGAGCCCUCAACAGUGGUACCAGUUUUGUGUCUGGCUUCGCAAUAUUUUCCGUCCUGGGCUUCAUGGCACAAGAGCAAGGGGUGGACAUUGCUGAUGUGGCAGAGUCAGGUCCAGGCCUGGCGUUCAUCGCCUACCCCAAGGCUGUAACCAUGAUGCCUUUUCCUACACUCUGGGCAAUCCUCUUCUUCAUUAUGCUGCUGCUGCUUGGCCUCGACAGUCAGUUUGUGGAGGUGGAAGGGCAGAUCACAUCACUGGUGGAUCUGUAUCCGUCCUUCCUAAGGAAGGGAUACCGCAGAGAGGUCUUCAUCGCUAUCAUCUGCUGCAUCAGCUACCUGCUUGGACUUACCAUGGUUACCAAGGGUGGCAUGUAUGUUUUCCAGCUGUUUGACUACUAUGCAGCUAGCGGUGUGUGCCUUCUGUGGGUGGCAUUCUUUGAAUGUAUAGCUGUUGCCUGGGUUUAUGGCGUUGAUAAUUUCUACGAUGCGGUUGAGGACAUGAUUGGCUACAGACCAAAUCCUUGGAUGAAAUGGAGCUGGUCUGUUAUCACUCCUUUACUGUGCAUGGGCUGCUUUAUCUUCUCCUUGGUCAGAUACAAGCCAUUGACGUACAACAAGGUGUACCAGUACCCUGACUGGGCCGUUGGAAUAGGCUGGACUCUGGCCCUGGCCUCCAUGAUCUGCAUUCCCAUGGUGGUGGUCAUCAAGAUCAUCCGAUCUGACGGGCCGCUCAUUGAGAGGAUUAAGGCGGUGGCAGCCCCGGUUCGUGGCGGCGCCAGCUCCCGUCCAGCAGACCACCGCGGCCCCAAGGACCUCGCCUACCCGCUGGACCCCAACGGGAACAAGGGCAUGCUGAUGAAGGCUCCCACCCACACCAUCGUAGAAACCAUGAUGUAAAGGAAUGAGGCGGAGGCUCUCCAUGAGAUCGCUCUCCUCUCCUCUUCUGUCCUCUAAAAAUGCUUCUAAAGCUAGCUAGCUUUCUGUCUGUCUGUCUAUGUCUGUCUGGUGGACUGAUAAGGGUUUUAAGGAUUUAAAAAAAAAAGUUUCACUUUUCAAAUCUUUUAGGAAUACUUGAGAAGAAGUUUGCUGUUGGUGGUUUUCUUGAGAGGGUAGCCAUCACAUUUCAAAUCUAUUUCCGAAUUACUCACAAGCUGUUUUUUUUUUUAGUUAGUUUUUUUUCCUAUUAGUCAAUUUCAUGUGACUACAUGCUCCACUGUUGUCUCAUUUGAAGGCAAUGUGGCAAAUUUGCACCAGCCUCUGGUCACACGCUGGAUGAUUUCUGUUUGUUCCACCAGCUGAUUCUGCAGAUAGCCAGCCGUUGUUCUGAAAAAAAAGCAGGAAGAAAGCGAUUAUUGAGUCUUGGAAUCAAACGGCGUUUUGUAGCCAUGAAAAAUAGAAAAGGUUCCUACGUUGAUCAUGGACCCCCCAAAAACAGAUGUUUCGGGGAAUGAUUUUUUGCUUGUGAUGCACUAAUCCGAGGACACGUGCCAUUAGGGUUCAGCUUUGGCUUAUUUGAUUCCACUGCGUUCAGUCGAGGCCCUGUUGAGACGAAAGACAGGCUUGUGCUCCUUUUAAUCAGCAGAAUUUCUGAAAUCAGCUGCACUAGGCAAGACUCUCAACCAAACUAAAAUUCUAGAUGGGGAAUGUGCCCCAAUCACAUAAAUUGUGAAUUUAAAUCAAACUCCAGUGGCAAGAAAACAUGGCAGACCAAAUCUCAAAACAAAACUGCACAGCUGCAGCCACCAGAGUCAAAUUAUUUCCACGUAUCGCCUCUUUUCCCCAGAUUGUCAGCAAUGAAAAUGGAAAUUUACCACUCUUUUGGGUCACGAAUGCACAAAAUCCCCCGUGCUGCUGAAAAAAAUAAAAAAAAUCAGAAAAAUGUAUCCUUUCCGCAGUCGUAACAGCUGUUGACCCUUAUCGAACCAGAAUCCUGGUUUUUAAAUGCACCUUAGCACAAAUAUUUCCAUCUUCCAUAGAGAGAACACGAGCACUGAGCCUACAAUGGGGAAACCUGCUCCUACACAAAGAGAGACGUAUCUGAAAGGAUUUGAAGUGUGGAGGUUGAACCCUUGAGUGUGUCGUCUGUGGCGUACUGUACAGUAGUAGCUAAUCAGUCUAUCUAUAUCUAUCUCUUUAUCUAUCUCUCUCUGUCCUAGACCAGUUUACAGUACAUUAGUGACUGCACUAGGCACUCUUGGCUUAAAUUUUUUUGUUUUUUGGAUUGGAUUUGUUUUUUUUCUACAGAGGAAGAUACAUUAUUAUUAGUUUUUUCCUCUGUCAAUGUUUAGAUUUUUUUAUUAUUAUUAUUAAUGUUAUUGGUAUUCACUAUUGAAUUGCUGUAGUUUUACAUAGAAGAAGGAACACUUCUUUCAUCUGGUGAAAAUACUAAGCUAUUAUACAAAUCAUGCAUUUACAAUGGCAGCCAUUGUAGUAUAGUUCCCAUUAUGCGUUUUGUUCUGCCUUGGUCCUGACAAUUCAGCCUUUAACAUCACACAAACACACAAUUCAGCAGAUUUUUCCCAAAUAUUUUCUCUCGUUGGGGGGUUGUAGGGCUUUCAACUGGCAAUCAAUUUACUGCACAGUCAAAAACACCAAUGGGAAUUCUACAAUGGCCGCAUCUGUAUGUUUGUAGGUGUUGGGGGUUUAUAGCUUUUCCUCUUCUGUAAAUACCAGUCGACAGUAUUUAAUUUGGAUAAAAUCAGCCAGCCAGCGGUUCAACAACAUGUCACUCACCCAGUGACUUAAAGCAACCACUGGUUGGGUUACACUGCCAACAGAUCGGCCAGCGUCACGCUGUCGACCCAUCAGAGCUCCUUCCAGAUGCUGUCAAAUGUGGCAUCUGGCUGCAGGCAGAUUCAGUCAGUGACUGACAGAGUUUGGCCUUUUACGGAGUCGCCGUGUCACUUCACCUCAAUUAGAAUUCAAGAUAAGGAGCUUCGUUUCAAGAGAAAACUGCUCAGAAAAAGUGCGAGUUGGGCAGAAUUGCCAUCCAGGAUUAACCGAAUGAAUAGCAAAUGAAAUGCCAGACUGUGCAAGAUCUGAAAACGCUGCAACAACAGAAACGAAGCGACAGCAGCCGGAUCUCCCUUCGCUUAGAUUAAUAUAUUCUUGUUUUUUUUGGAUUGGAUGUCACAACAGACUAUUUGUUGAGAAGUUGACACGAAACUAGCAAUAUCCAAACUCUGUUAAUCGUUGGCUCCGGGUUAAAACCUGCCCUGCGAUACAUUAACAGCCUCCUCGAUGCUGGCUGAUUUUUAACCGCAAAUCUACAUUGCAUCAAUCACAAUAACAAGGGGCCAUUUUACUGGUGAUGUGAACUGUUACCAACUGAGAGCAGACUGUGAGAGGUAUGACAAUUACCACUGCUACCUUCAUUUCAAUCCGUCUGUGUAACAAGGGGUUUCCCAUGUGUAUGUGUCACCAGCCGACCAUCCACUCAGGACCUUCUCUGUAGUGCUUUUGUCUACUGUAUAGCUGCAUUAGCCCAGCGUUCCAAAAAAUUAGACUUUCUAACUGUGGGUGACAAAGAGCUGCAGCAGUAGUAAUCAGAACCGAUCCAGCUUGAAAUGGCAGCUCUUUGUCACGUGGAACGGGAAAAAAAUCACACCUUAACUGCCUAUUUUAUCCACAAUCAAAGGCAAAAAUUGAGAGAGAGCGAGUCGAAGUGAGCCUUUAAUGCACCUUAUUUGUAUAAUUUGGAUUUCAUAUCAAAUGGCGAGGCCAAAAACGAAUACUGCCAUCUUUUUAUUCAGGGUUCUCAGUGGCCUCUCCUGUAACAAAAAAUAAAUAAAAAAUCUAUCCGAAUACUGUCGAAACACUCUGCUUCGGUUCUCCCAGAAGCAGACACAUGAAAACAGCAUGCAUACAGUUAUACAGUACACGCACAUUGCAGGAAUUCGACCAACAUCAGAAGUAAUAGCCAGACCAGGGCCUCAUUUCAUGUUUCGUGUUAAGCUCUGAUCAUUUUUCGUCAGUUUUAUUUCAUUUCUUCACAUAGAAUAAAGUAGUAGAUAUCAUUAAAAGGGAUUUGCGAAAACCAAAUCCACAGCAGACAUCUAUUUUCAUACAACUUUUCCUAUAUAAGUCGUCUUUGUACAGCUAAGCUCCCAUUUUAAUACAGAUACAAAGCUUCAUUUUAAUCGUAAACUUUUUGUACAGAUCUGGCUCUUGGUUCCUCUGAAGGAUCUUUGCACUGAGGAGAAGAAAACUGUCAGUCACUAGCAAGAACAACAGCAUCGGAAAGUGUAAAAACCUUAUGCAAAAAGGACUUGGAAAUUUGUUUAAAAUUGUGCAGAAUUCAAGAAAUAACUGCCGGUAGCAAAAAUAAAAAUCAAACAUAUAUCGCAAAACUAUCUUGUAAAUGAGGCUAAACUUACCUCGUGCUAAGAUCCUUCUUUUAAAAAGGAAAUAUGGGCCAGAAAUAAUAACUAAUGCAGUCAUUUAUCAGUUUAUUCUGCCUCUCUGUGUAUAUUUACAGUAUGUACCAGCCCCUCUGCCUUCUUACACUCCCUGUCAGUUAGCCUUCGUAAACCUUCCGUUAACCUAAGCUAACCGAUUGUUUUCUCAGAGAUAAUGAAUUUGCAAGAGAAUUGAAGCAUUAGCGAUGCACAAGUUUUUACCGCCGAAUGUUGAAAUGUGAAAGUCGCCUUCAGGGUGAACGUAAAAGUUUCUGAAGAUUUAUUUUUUAGCGUGAAAAAAAAGAAAAAGAAUUGCUUUCUUUUUAUUUUUACUGAUCUUGUUUUUUUUUUGGUUGAAUUCAACAGUUUCUUGUUUUAUUUUUAUUUUUUUUGAUUGUGUGUCUGUCACAUUUGCCUUUUGUAUUCCAAAUAUAGUGUAUUUGAAACCUCUGUCAUUGGAGUAUCAUGUACAACUAUCAAUCAAGAAAAGAAGAGAAAGAAUAAAAGCAAACCGCUAUGAUUUGUUACGUGCAAUACUUUGUAGAAUACGUUUAUUUUUCCAUUCUGUUUUUCCUUAAUGGUAGUACUAACCUUUGAAGUGAGACAAUAACUUGUGAAUUUCAAAAUUCGAAUCUUCAGGGUCCAGUUUAAUUGAAAAAAAAAGGUCAAAAUGCGGAACCUAAACCAAACAGAACCACUAUUCCAUCAAAAAUCUUGUGGUUUGAAAUGCACUGAGAAUUAAAUGAUGAUUAAGCGCUGUCACAUCAAACUGAAUUUUCUAGCGAAAUGCGAUUUUCUUUUUUUGGUUUCUGUGACGGACGUAAGUUGUGACUUUGUGAGGGGUAGAAAACACAGUAACACUGCCACUAAGCCCACCAGUUCCUCCUGCCUAUCUCAGAACUGCUGUGCUGCUAAAAGAAAAUUAAAAUGGGGCAGAUCUCCAAAACCACACCUCCACCAAAGUUCCCCUACAAAUGUCAGUACCAUCCGCAAAAUCCAGCCAGAACCUUGGAGCUCCAAUUUGCUUGAGAUGGAACAAAUAACUUGAUUCUGGGUGUGUUUUGAAAACCUGCCCGGCAACGAAAGCAGCACAUCCAUUUAAAAAACCAGAUCACACCAUAUCAAACGUGGGCUUUUCCUUUUAAAACCUCGUAUGCAAAAUUUUGCAUUCUGCUUUUUCCAGACAUUUCAGUCGAAAUCAUUCUGCCAAAACCCUGCGACCUUUAGUGCUUUACAACGAAAACAACCAAACUACAUGUACACACGGGAAUGGAUUUCAAAUUUCACAUUGCCGAUGUCGUAUUUAUGAACAUAUCCGCAGGAUCCACAAUCUGAUUGUCUGUUUCUGUGAUAUAGAUGCAUCGUUAGAUCAAACAGAUGUGAUGCAACAUCUGUUUGAUCGCUGAAGUCAGUCUCUGGGCUGGGCUCCAUUUCCUUAAUGGCAAAGUCGACCUCUAUCUUUGAAUUUGAUACCAAAAAAAUGGAAACUGUCAACAACAUUUGGUAUUUAAGUCUAAAUUCUAAAGAAAUUACGUAAAGUUGAAUGUGAUCUCCAUGCUAAGGCUUCUGGGAAAUGGAGUCCUGCUCGUCCUCCCUCCAUCUUCUCCGUCUGUCAGACUGAUCAUGGUCUCCAAUGACAACACCUCUGUCUUUUCCUGCAUUACGCCGUAUACCAGCCCUUUCCUUUUUUUGAGAAUGUACAUGGGAAAAUGUUUUUUAAUUCUUGGCGAAGAAAAAAACAUUUUUAAAAAGAAUUUGAAAGGUUUUUAUUUCUAUGGCCAACCUGUAAGCUAGAAGAAGAAGAAAAAAGACAAAAAAAAUGACAAUAAUAAUAUGUGUUUGAACAGGUUUUACAAAGGUGUAAAACUUUUUUUAUUUCUUAAUAAAAAAUUUGUCUUCAGAGAA